CUCCCCACAACAAGAACUCCAUAUCUUGCUUUCCUUUCUUAUCAUAUCUUCUUCCUCAGAGUUCGCAUCUUCUUGUCAUCGUCUCCUUCGUUCGCCCUCUUUUCUUGAACUGAUAAAGAUGGCACCACCGGUGGCGAUGACCGAAGCAGUGAACGGCAGAGAUGGUGAUAUCGUCGGCAGCGACGUGCCGAAGAGAGCGUACGUCACGUUCUUGGCCGGGAACGGCGAUUACGUGAAGGGCGUGGUCGGCCUGGCCAAGGGGCUGAGGAAGUCGAAGGCGGUGUAUCCUCUGGUCGUGGCGUGCCUGCCCGACGUGCCAGAGGAGCACCGCCGGAUCCUCGAGUCGCAGGGCUGCAUCGUCCGCGAGAUAGAGCCGGUGUAUCCACCUGAGAACCAGACCGAGUACGCCAUGGCCUAUUACGUCAUCAACUACUCGAAGCUUCGCAUUUGGGAGUUUGUGGAGUACACAAAGAUGAUAUACUUGGAUGGAGACAUACAAGUGUUCGACAACAUCGACCACCUCUUCGAUGCACCGGAUGGCUUCUUCUACGCCGUUAUGGACUGCUUCUGCGAGAAGACCUGGAGCUCCUCCCCUCAAUACAAGAUCGGGUACUGCCAACAGUGCCCCGAGCGAGUGCCAUGGACCCCGGAGCUCGGCCCGCCCCCGCCGUUGUACUUCAAUGCGGGCAUGUUCGUGUACGAGCCGAAUCUCUCGACUUACCUUGAUCUGUUGGAGACUGUCAAAAUCACUCCUCCCACCUCAUUUGCUGAGCAGGAUUUUCUGAACAUGUACUUCAGGGAUAUAUACAAGCCAAUUCCUCCAAUGUAUAACCUUGUCCUGGCGAUGCUAUGGCGUCACCCUGAAAACGUUGACGUCAAACAAGUGAAGGUUGUUCACUAUUGCGCGGCGGGGUCAAAGCCAUGGAGGUACACUGGGCAGGAAGAGAACAUGCAGAGGGAGGACAUCAAGAUGCUGGUGAAGAAAUGGUGGGACAUCUAUGAAGAUGAAGCUCUGGACUACAAGAACGCCACUUCAGACAGCUCCACAAAGUUUGGGCCCUUCAUUGCUGCUUUAUCGGAGGCCGACGCAGGCGUUCAACAGAGAACUGCUCCAUCUGCAGCUUAAACAUAUAAUGAAUUAUCAUGAUUAUCACCUUUUAUGUUGCUUCUGGACUUAACUUGGAUGCUAGAGAGAAAAAUGCCAUGAGAUGUGUUGAUUAUGUAAGCUGCCACCCAUGGCAUGAUUUCUAUGCGAGUGAAUAAACAUCGAAUGUUAUGAUAUAAAUAAUCUUCUUAAUCAAGGUCAAGUGAGGUUUCAUGGUAAA